GCAAAAUUGGUAGUUCAGGGGUUUCCCACUCCUUCACCAUCGUCCCCUCAAUUUCAAUUCGCCUCCUCCUUCUUCGCUGCCGCCUCUCUCACUGAAAUUCGAAGCUCUGAAAAUGUCGGAACGGGUAGAAGAACGACCAACAAUGGCGGGGGAUGACCAUAGGGCAGUUUUCGUUGAUACCAACCUCGACACUCAUCUCGCCAUCCACGUCUCCUCGCGUACUACCGUCAACUCCCUCAAACGACGACUUCGUCGUGAACAUUACGAGUGCUUCCCGGAUAUUGGGGGGAUUGAAGUUAAUUAUCUUUUGGUCAAAUUCAAUGAUAGCUACUAUCAUCUUCCAGACGAUAUGCUUCUCAAAACUGCUUUUCAAGGGGUAGUAACGGCUUGGUUUGUAUCUGCUGAUGUUUGGACAACUGGACGCCCUUUAGAAAUCCAGAAGGCCGUUGAAUACAAGCCCUAUGAACCACUUUCCCAGCCUCACAUUGAAUUCCAACGCGUGGAACGAUGUCCCCAGUUUCAUAAUGAACACCAACACAUUGAAUCACAUCCCCAGCAUCAUAAUGAAUCCCAAUACAUUGAAUCACGUCCCCAGCAUGAUGAUGAAUUCAGACAUGUGGAUCCAUCUACCCAGUCUCAUGUGACUCUCGAUAUGAGUUGUAAAACGAAAAGGAAGAAGAAGAAACUGAAGACAAUGAAGAAAAUGAACAAGAAAAAAAACAGUGAGAAAGAGAAUGUACAGUCCAUGAGUGGUGUGAAAGAGGAUUUGAAGGAAGAGGAUUUGAACGAAAAAACAAGCGAUAAGGGUAAAUUGGAUGUCCAAACAAUUGACAAAGAUUGUACCAUUACGAAUCUUGAUGAACCAUGCGAAGGUCAACGCGAUACUGCUUUUGUACAACCAUCAUUAGUGCUUUUGAAGCCUGGCAGUGACACGAAUGUCAGAGUUUUUUUUGGGGAAGUUGAGGUAGUGCAUCAAGUAGGAGGUGAAUUGUCUAGCAAAACACAAAUUGAUGAUCAAAAAGCAGUUGACACAAGUCAUAUUCGCGGAGAACUUCCAUUACCAGGUGAUACUAGUAGACUUGAAGAGAGUGUCAAAACUAUUAGUGAAAUUCGCAAGAGAAAGCCUCGACACAGAAAAGCUGUUUCUGGAAAGGACUCUCCUAUGUCUCCUGUGAAAGAGCAACAAGUUGAUGAAAUUCAGGAAAAAGCUGUCCCCGUAACUGUGAUUCAAGACAAACCCAAGAAGCGGAGUCUAAAAAAGCAACCUGUUCCAGCAGCAGAUCCUUCCAACUUAUCUGUGAAUCAGCAUUUAAAUGAAACAGCAAUGGAAAUGGAUGCUCCAAAAAAAGAUGAUGCUAUUUUGACAAGAUGCGAUAUGAAUGAUGCUCUGUUGAAGUCGGACAACACUUCUAAGAAAAGGAAAACAAAUGAAAGUGAACGAGAACGAGAACACACAGAUACUGAAGAAGUAUCACAACUGUACCAUAAUAAUGUUACAGAGUUGUCUCAGAAUGAAUCGUUGAACUUGGUUAAAAGAGAGAAGGAAAUUGAGGAAGAUGUUCUCUCGAAGUCGGAGCACACUGCGAAAAGAAGGAAAGUCAAGAAAACAAAGAGCCCUGUUACUGAAAACAAUGACAAACCUGAAGAGAGUGUAGAAACAAUGAGUGGAAUUGGAUCACUGAAGAAGAGGUCUCAAAAUGGGGAAGCUGAUUCCAAGAGGGUCCCUCCUGGGUCUCCAUUGAAAGAGCAGCCCGAAGAAGGUGUUGGGGAAAGAGCUGUCCCUAAAACUGUGAUUCAAAGUGACAAACCCAUGAAGAAGAGCAAAAAGAAGGAACCUGUUCCUGGGAAUCAACAGUUGGAAAACACGAUAAAAAUGGAUGCACCUAAAAGUGUUGAACAGGCUGAUGAUAUUGUUGCGGAUGUUGAGAGGAAUGAUGCACAAGAGCAUAAAGAAACGAGUCAGGGUGAAGAACUUCAUGGUGAAUUCAGUCAGGAUCCUCGCCUAGAAGUAUCCGCUGUUUUGGCAGAAUCGAUGCAGCAGCUUGAAAAGCCACAGGCUAGUAAGCAGAAGGCCAGGAAACUUGAUCAACCUUCAUCUAUUGAUACUUCAUCUAAUGGACACAACUUGGUUGGAUCGAAGAAGAAAAAGGGCACUGCAAAAACUUCUGAGCUUCAGAAAUCCGCUACUGAUCAAAACCAUGAUAAGACCGUACCUCCGCUGAGUACUAAAGAAGUGAAUCCAACCCUAGCUGAACUUACCAACAGUUCGAGAAAAACUGGUGUUCCCCGUGCAAGUUUGGAUGAUGGAAGCAAGUCUUCUGAAGUCUUGCAAAGUAAAGCAAGGAAGAUUCGUGACGGAGCAAAGGCUAAGGAGCCAUCGAAAAAGCUGGAAGAGACUCCUAAAAAAUCUUCCCAUUUGAGCACGAAAGAAACGAAAAGAGCAAUAUUUGAAAAUGGAAAUAGUUCAUCUUCUGGUGAAGAUGGAACUGAUACUUCAAGUUCUAGUGCCACACAACCACCAGCAGACAAUUUAUCUUCAUCUGAAUUUUCGGAAGGAGAGAGCAAAGAUUCUUCAAAAGGUAAUGGAAGGACCAAAACAAACUCAUCUGGCUUGAAUCUGGAAUCGGUUCUACGAAGCUCAAGGAGCUACAAGAAGGCUAAGUUGGUGGCUUCGCAGUUGCAGAAUGAGAGUCAGACUCCAGAAAUUGUUCCUGAUAGUCAAGUAGACAUGUAAGCCUGAUCUUCUUUUUGGCGUAGUAGAAAACUAAAAGGGAAGUUUUGUUCCUCUUCCAAUCAAUAACCUGUACUACUCUCCGUAUCUAGUAGACUAUUAUGGUGUUGGCUUUUUGCUUGAAUUUUGGUAGUUAAUUACUUCUAUAACUUGUAGCUUGCAAGAAAGACCAAAAUCCAUGAUUGAACUUAGUGUUAUUAAUGAUAAGUUAUUUGGUUUGAUAUUCUA